CGGAAACGCGGCCGGCGGGGAGGGGCGCCCUUCUCGACACCUCUUUCCCGGCGGCUGCGGGAUGGCCAUGUCGCCGGUCUCCCGCCUCCGCUGGCUGCGGUUUCUGCUGCCCGUGCGGUUUCCCAGUCCAUGGGAACUAAUGAGGAGGAUCCUAGCUAGUGGCCCUAAGACUUAUGAUCCUCCUCUUAGACACUUGGAAGCUGAAGUCCUUUCAAAUAUGUCAAGACAGGCUGCAUACCUUGUUGGGAUGCUUUAGGAAGUGACUCUCAAGGCAGAUGGUGUGAAACUGCUUUUCUGGACGGGGUUUCUGUAAAUACUUGUCACUUGACUGGACACCGGACUGCUGCCAUGGAUCAAAACAACAGUUUACCACCCUACGCCCAGGGUUUAGCAUCCCCUCAGGGUGCGAUGACUCCCGGCAUCCCUAUAUUUAGUCCCAUGAUGCCCUAUGGCACGGGGCUCACACCCCAACCUGUUCAAAGCACCAACAGCUUAUCUAUUCUGGAAGAGCAACAGAGGCAGCAGCAGCAAGCAGCAGCACAGCAGUCCACAUCACAAUCCACACAGGGUGCAUCUGGUCAAACACCUCAGCUCUUCCACUCACAGACACUUACUACAGCCCCUUUACCUGGAACCACACCUCUCUACCCCUCUCCGAUGACCCCCAUGACCCCAAUAACUCCUGCAACACCUGCCUCUGAAAGCUCUGGAAUUGUACCACAGCUACAGAAUAUUGUGUCUACAGUGAAUCUUGGUUGCAAACUGGACCUCAAAACCAUUGCCCUUCGUGCUCGAAAUGCUGAAUACAACCCCAAGCGUUUUGCUGCUGUAAUCAUGAGAAUAAGAGAGCCACGUACCACUGCCCUCAUAUUCAGUUCUGGGAAAAUGGUGUGUACAGGGGCGAAGAGUGAGGAGCAGUCCAGGUUAGCUGCCAGGAAGUAUGCCAGAGUUGUGCAGAAAUUAGGCUUUCCAGCCAAAUUCUUGGAUUUUAAGAUUCAGAAUAUGGUGGGCAGCUGUGAUGUGAAAUUCCCCAUCAGGCUCGAAGGAUUGGUACUUACGCAUCAACAGUUUAGCAGUUAUGAGCCAGAAUUGUUUCCUGGUUUAAUUUACAGAAUGAUCAAGCCAAGAAUUGUUCUGCUUAUAUUUGUUUCUGGGAAGGUAGUUUUAACAGGUGCAAAAGUCAGAGCUGAAAUCUACGAAGCAUUUGAAAAUAUAUAUCCUAUUUUAAAAGGAUUCAGAAAGACAACGUAACAGUUCCUCGUGCUCAUCCAAGAGGUUGGGGAACAUUUUUAAAGUUACUGAUUAUGGCACAGCAGUAAAAGGAGACUUACAGACUGCAGCAUCAGGCCUUGGAACAUUUUCCCAGUUAGUGCCUAAUUACCAGAUCUCCAUGGGGAGGGUGUUUGUGUUACGUCUAGUUACCGUGAGUUGCUUCACUCGGCUCUCCUUGGAAAAACAACUCAACUUAUUUAUAUUUCUAGCUUUUAAACAGUUUUAACAUCUAUUUUUUAAAAAAUCGGAAACCUUACGCUGGCAAAUUGGUUAAACCGUGUUACUCAACAUUUAACAGUUUUCUUACAGUAUUCUUUCAACCAUGAAUUUUAUAAUCAGAAACUUUGAUUCUACAUUUUUAGACCACAUUUCACAUUCCCUGUUUUCAGUAUUCAGCAGGACAGAAAGUUGCUAAUGAAAACUGAUGGUUGUAUAUAUAUAUUCCUCUAUUUGGGAAGCAAUUUUUUGAGUUCUAAAUGUAUAAUACAUGCUGCUUUUGAAAAUUGGGGAAAGAAUUUGAAGAGUAAAAGCCUGCGAUUAACCUGAUUGGCUUCUGCUGCUGUUUUAAUGUGCUAAAUGCAUGCUUGUAGCUUUCAGUGUAUUGAAUUGGUUUUUAUAAGAUUUCUUAACAAUCCAGUAUUAAAGCAAUGUGUUUUGCCUUUUAAA